AUGUCCGAAGACGAAGAAAACCCAGCAAAGCGGCAGAAGAUGAGCGACGAAGCCGUGCCAAAAUUCCUCGUUUUGGAUUCCCAUUUGACUGAUGACAAGUGUUUCGCCUGCUACGCCCUUGUGUCACCCAAGAAUAGUCAGGUUCUGGAACCACACAAGGUCAAGACGCUGUUGACUCUCGCAGCCGUUAUUCCCGCUAGUUUAGUCCUCGCCGACGCCCAAUUAUCCGCCGCCGUGACGGCGGCGCAACUGGCGACUCUGCGCAACGCCACCACUGCCAACAGCUUCCACGCAGAAAUCAUUUACCGGUUGUCGCGUUUCCGGCGUGUCGGCGAAGCUUUGAAAUGCUUCGGAAUCAAUUUCGCGGAUCCGGAAGCAGCUCAAGAAAGACUCGUGGUGCUGGUUUGCGGCGGGACGCGGGAAGAGGCGACUGAGAGGUUUACUAGAGCAGUGGAAUGUUUCGGAAGUGACGUCGAAGUGACGAGCUUCACGGGGCUGAAUCCAUUCGUCGAUGUCGACAGCCUUGCCAAGGUUUAUGAGGUCACCGAGGCCGAAUUGAAGCUUUAUGGGGGGAAUCAGUUGCUGGGCUCUGUGCUGACAAAGAUGUCGACGAAAGUGUGCAUUCGAUAG